CCAGACAUGCUGUAAGUAUGAGUUUACACAACUCUCAGUGCAAACUCGUCGAUUAACAGAAUCUGACCGUCACUUAGUUUUGAGUAAUAACUACAAACCCCCCUUCCGGGGAGAGGUUUGGUUUAGUCUUCAGUCCAGAAAAGUUUCCUCAUUGACUAGCGUUCUUUAGCUUGACAGUGACUAUAAGCCCCUGCAGCGUAAACAUGGCAGACUCUGAGCCAGAGAUCCUCCAGCCCCCGGAGCCUGCAGAAGAGGAGCCCUUCCUCAGUAAUCUGGACGUCUUCCUCUUCACCCUCAUCGCUGGCCUCGUCAUCUACUGGUUCAUGUCCCGCAAGAAGGCCGAACCCAUCCCAGAGUUUAAAAAGCUUGAUACACCGGCACCAACGGCGCGAGAGACCAGUUUUAUUGAAAAAAUGAAGAAGACGGGCAGGAACAUUGUGGUGUUUUACGGCUCCCAAACGGGUACAGGGGAGGAGUUUGCCAACAGGCUGACCAAAGAUGCCCAGCGCUAUGGCAUGAAGGGCAUGGCUGCUGACCCAGAAGAAUAUGACAUGUCUGAACUGUCCCGACUCUGUGAGAUUGAGAACUCCAUGGCUAUCUUCUGCAUGGCCACUUAUGGAGAAGGUGACCCCACAGACAACGCUCAAGACUUCUAUGAUUGGCUGCAGGAGGCUGACGAUUCACUGAAUGGAGUUAACUACACUGUGUUCGCCCUGGGAAACAAGACCUAUGAACACUACAAUGCCAUGGGGAAGUACGUGGACAAGCGCAUGGAAGAGCUGGGAGCCCAGAGGGUCUUUGACCUGGGGAUGGGAGACGACGAUGGCAACCUGGAGGAGGACUUUGUCUCUUGGAGGGAGCAGUUCUGGCCAGCCAUGUGCGAGCAUUUCGGAGUGGAGGCUUCAGGAGAUGACUCGAGCAUUCGCCAGUAUGAGUUGAAGGAGCACCAUGACAUCAACAUGAACAAAGUGUACAGUGGAGAAAUGGGCCGGCUGAAGAGCUUUGAGGUCCAGAAACCACCUUUUGAUGCUAAGAACCCUUUCCUGGCCCCUGUCACCGUCAACCGCAAGCUCAACAAAUCAGGCGACAGACAUCUUAUGCACAUUGAACUAGACAUUACAGGCUCCAAAAUUAGGUAUGAGUCUGGCGACCAUGUGGCUGUUUUCCCCACCAAUGACACAGCAAUUGUGAACAAGCUCGGAGAAAUCCUUGGAGUAGACCUUGAUCUGGUUAUCUCCCUAAACAACCUUGAUGAGGAGUCCAAUAAAAAGCACCCGUUCCCCUGUCCUACCACCUACCGCACUGCCCUGACCCACUACCUGGAUAUCACCAACCCCCCUCGCACCAAUGUACUGUAUGAGCUGGCCCAGUACGCCUCUGACCCUAAGGACCAGGAGAACAUGCGCAAGAUGGCCUCCUCUGCCGCUGAGGGCAAGGGUUUGUACCAGAAUUGGGUGCUUGAUGCCAGUAGGAACAUCUUGGCCAUUCUUGAGGACCUUCCAUCCUUGCGCCCGCCCAUCGACCACCUGUGUGAGCUCAUGCCCCGUCUGCAGGCACGCUACUACUCCAUAGCCUCCUCCGCCAAGGUGCACCCCAACAGCAUCCACAUCUGCGCUGUGGUGUUGGAGUACACCACCAAGACUGGCCGCCUCAACAAGGGAGUGGCUACCAAUUGGCUUAAGAAUAAACUGGUGACCGAUAACGGACAUAAAUCCACCGUGCCAAUGUACAUCCGCAAGUCCCAGUUCCGCCUGCCUUUCAAAGCCAGCAACCCAGUUGUUAUGGUCGGCCCUGGAACCGGCAUUGCUCCAUUCAUGGGCUUCAUCCAGGAGCGAGGCUGGUUGAUAGAACAAGGAAAGGAGUUGGGCGAGACGGUGUUGUACUUCGGCUGCAGGCACAAGAAUGAGGACUACAUAUACCAGGAGGAACUGGAGGAGGCUGAAAAGACCGGCGUGCUGUCCCAGCUUCACGUUGCCUUCUCUCGGGACCAGGAACAAAAGGUAUAUGUGCAGCAUCUCCUAAGGAACAACAAGGAGAACCUCUGGAAGCUGAUACACACUGACAAUGCUCAUAUCUACAUCUGUGGGGAUGCACGGAACAUGGCCAGGGAUGUGCAGACGGCCUUCCAUGAAAUGGCAGAGGAGCUGGGCGGCAUGACGCACGCUCAGGCCACUGACUACGUCAAGAAACUGAUGACCAAGGGACGGUAUUCUCAGGACAUCUGGAGUUAAAAGAUCUCAACUCCGACCACUGAUCUGGACUUCCUCGGUUGUUUGUGUCAGGACUGAUGGAAACUGCAGUCACUGUCUUCGGUGUUUGAGUCACAGUGUAUGCAGGUUUUUGUUUCAGCCCAGACAUGCAGCAACUAGAGUUUACCUUACAACCUUAUAACUCAUGGUUAUGAUAUUGAAAAUAUGAUCGAUUUGCUGAUGCUUGGUUGAAAUGAGGGGGUGACUACUCUGUUUUCCAGGUCAAGGGAUAGUCACCUAAGUUACCAAUGGAGUCACUACUAGUUGUUACCAUGCAAAGUAGAAACAUACAUACAGACAGAAAUGCAAUACAAAUAUGCUUAUUUUCAAAUGCGAUCUUUUGAAUGGUAGUCAAUGUAAGUCAGCUGUCAGAAUUCAUUUCUUUCUUUACAUUUGUACACAUUGAAAGUGAGGAUUUUAUUCUCUCAUAAGAAAAGAAAGCGUGGUAAUGUUAUCCAGUAGCUGUAUAUAUAUGUGUACAGUGCAAAGUGAAGGUUAGUAUAAUAAAGAGCUGUAGGUUUGUCACUCAGAUGGGCCUUUUUAACAGGAGAGUAGCGUAUCAAAUACAUUGUGUUUUAGUUUUUUUACAAAAACAAAAAUUGAAAUUAUUUUACUUGUUCAUUGGUAACUUCAUCUUAUUAACAAUGUGUUGACUGACAAUGUGUGAAAAGCUCAAGUAGUUUAUGCAUUGAAAUAAGUGCUGUACAUUUCUGAUCAUUCAAAAAACCUGAAAAACACAAGACAUUAUGUGGAAAAUCAGUGCUGAAGCCCUUUAUUAAAGAUAGAAGGUCUGAUGUAAUUUUAGGGAGUUUGGGUAUUAUCUGCAACAUGCAAUUAUCUGUGACAUUUGGUAACAUGGAUGUACGCUGAAAUCAUGCAAGCCUUCCCCUGUACUUUGAAUGGUGAGGCGUACUGACAGCUGGCUGUGGCAUCAUAAAGGGUUAUCAUUCCAUGUUCUUAUAUUUGUACUAUUGCACACUAAUCACUGUUGUUUGUCUAUAUUUGACAUGUUUGUGGUCAUGAAAUGUGAAAGAUGCUGCCCAUCAGAUUGCCACAUUUUGGCCAUAAUUACAUGUUUUAUCUGUCUCUUGUUUUGAAUGUGAAAUACCCCUCGUUCAUUUGAUUUAGGUCCUAACUUUCUUUUUUUUUUUUUACUGGGACCACAGUACCUAAAAGGGGAACCUACUCAUUAGGCUGUUAAAGCCUGGUACCUUCUGUUGACUUUCUGGUGCCUUUUGUUUCAGGGUUGGAGUAAGCACGUUCAAUCUUGACAUUUCCUCUAUACCCUAAAUAAUUCAAUUGUUAUAAUAUAUUGUGGUGUGUAUAACUGAAAGUUAUGUAGGUAUGCAUUUUUAACUAGUCAAUUAAAA